AUGAUGCUCAAGUCUUUUGCGGCCCUCUUUAUUUUUGCGGGCACCUGUCUAGCUCAACAGGUGAACGGCGCCGAAUUCAACAACCCGACUGCCGGCCCUCCGGCUAGUUAUUUCGCUGCGGCAACAACGAUCCCCGUUGCUGCCUUGCAGAGUGCUGCGGCUAAGGUCAGCACUGCUGCAUCCAAGUCCACAUAUGCCAUCAACAACAAUGGUGGUGCUCAAAGAGUCACUAUUCACAGUGACUGGUCCAAGUUUUCCGAGGGAGCGGCAUUUGUCUUUGUCGCAGAUAUGGAUGUGGACUGCGAUGGCCUGAACCACAAUUGCAAGGGCAAUCCUGAUGGGCAGGCCCAGACAAACUUUGGUGCUCUGUCGGCAUAUGAGGUGCCCUUCAUCGUCAUUCCUGAUCAAUUCGCCACUGCUUAUCCCAGUGAGUUCCCCGGCAACAACCUCGCUGCUGUCAUUUGCAACGGGAAGAUGUUCUAUGGCAUCUACGGCGACAGCAACGGAGAUACUCCGGAGGUCAUUGGAGAGGCAUCCUGGUUGAUGGCCCGGACCUGUUUCCCAAAUGACGAUUUGAACGGAAACGCCGGCCACGGUGCUGCCGAUGUGACCUACAUCGUUUUCACCGGGGCGGAAUCGGUUCUUCCUGGUAGUGCUUUGAACAAGAACUACAUCACCAAUUUCAGCACCCUGCGUUCCAUGGGUGAUCGCCUGGUGAAUGCGCUGGCAAAGAACCUUGGCUUGAUUGGUGGGGGGUCAUCACCUACCACCUUGACCACUACAACAAUCGGUUCUUCUCCCACGAGCGGCUCUUGCUCGUGGUCUGGACACUGCGCUGGUGCUUCCUGUUCCAGCGAGGAUGAUUGCGCAGACGAUCUUGUGUGCAAGUCCGGCAAGUGUGCCAGCUCGACUUCCUGCUCGUGGUCCGGGCAUUGUGCUGCCUCUUGCUCCAGCGGGGAUGACUGCUCCGAUGACCUGGUCUGCAAGUCUGGCAAAUGCGCCAGUCCUUAA